CGGACAUGUCGGCCUUCCAACUCUGUACCUGGAGGGUAGUCUAUGAAGUCGCCGCUCCCUCAGUUGACGCUGCCGGAGGCGACGAAAGAGUAGACGUACAUAGCGCCGUUAUUUAUCUCAUGGUAGGGUUUGAAAGCACGAUAGAUGGAGAUUGAGCUGCGGCAUUCAUGAAGCCUGCACGAGCCCAUCGACAUGCGCGCUGUGGCGUGCUUACAUCAAGUGAACAGCCGAGCACGUGCCGUCUCCACGCGCCCUGCAAACACAGAUAAUCCGAACGCUCACUUCCAUACCUUCUACUUUGAAUCAAUACCCAGCGGAGAUACCAGUCUGUGCCGAGAUCGCCACUAUGGACGACAACGAGAAGCGGUUUUCCGAGGUAAAGAGCCCGAUCGCCGUGCCCUGUGUCGAUCCGAUGGAGCAAGUGGAGAAACCCGAGGCAUACUGCCGUAGCUUGAUCAACAGGAACGACAAGUUGGACGCGGAUCUCACAGCCGCGAACGCUGAGAUCGCACGAUUGGGCAAGCAAAGCUCAAUAUCGCUCAGCCCGCCGAGGACGAUCCCGCACAUCAAGAUCAAGCCUCUCAAGGCCAAGCCAGAAGAGAAAGAGCUGCAAGUUGCGAUCAAGUCUGAGAGUCUCGACGAUUCAGAUCUCAAGGACGCUCUGGAUGAUUUGGGUACUGUGCUGGACAGGGCGGAGGCGAAUCUGGAAGUGGGCCUCGACAAGACGAUUGCAGAAGCGAAGCAGCAUGCCAAGGACAUGGGAUACAGCGACGAUAGCGAUGAUGAGAUGGAAGCCGGUAUCGCCAUUUGA